AGUUGCUUUCCGCUCUUCGAACGGCCAAUACCAUUUAGCGCAAGCUUGGUGUUUACAAGCGCACGUGUAACACGUGACAAUGUGUUUGACAACAAACAAAACCGCGGCGAUUUUUCGGAUAUUUGAUUUUUCGGUAUAAGUCGAAAAAAAAAAUGACUUCAUGUGCGUUUGCUUAUUUACUAAGUGAAGUUAAUUAAUUUAAUUUUUAAUCGGUUUUCUGUGACUGUUUAUAACACGAUGUAUUUAGGAAACAUUUUUUUUCGGUUAACGCCAUUUAUCUUUUUGGCGAACGUGUGUGGUUCGCAGAAGUUUGACGAGUCGCUAAAAAUUGAAAAACGACCGCAAAAGUAUCCUCUGCAGGUGCACCAAAUGUACAAAGACCAAAUACUAAAGAAAAUACCAAAGAUAUUAGGCGAGUGGUCAGAAUGGUCACCAUGGUCUCCAUGUUCGAGAAGUUGCGGCGGUGGUAUCACUCAACAAACUAGGCACUGUGUACAUAGAUCUGCAGACUCGAGGUUCAUCCGCAGACAAAGACGGCGACGUCAAAAUGGUAAAUACCUGGGUAACGGCUGCGUAGGACUUUAUAAGAGGAUUCAUUUAUGCAACAAUCAAGAAUGUCCGAAUGGUCGAGAUUUCCGCUACGAACAAUGCGCUUCAUUCAACAAUCGAUUAUUCAGAGGUAAUCGAUACCAAUGGGAACCAUUCUUCAAAGCAAAAGAUGAAUGCGCUUUAAACUGCCGAGCGAUCGGAAUGAAUUUCUUCGCGACAUUAAAUAAGACUGUUAUUGACGGGACUCUUUGUUUGUACCCCAUAACUCACACGGGAAAAGCAGCCCCUAAAGGGACGAGAGGUAUCUGCAUCGAUGGUUUUUGCAAGGUUGUGAACUCUCAUGGGGUGAUUGGUAGUCUAGACGAACACCAAGAAGAAUGUUCUGCUUGUCUAAAAGGAUCGUGCAGAAGUGUCAGUGGAAUCUACACAAGACCCGAUCUACCACCGGGUUAUUCGCUGGUGGCACAAAUACCUGCAGGAGCUUGCAGGAUCUUAGUUCAGCAGUUGAAACAUACCAGGAAUUUUAUGGCUUUGAAAGACAUCAACGGAUCUUACAUCGUAAACGGAGACUGGAAAUUGAGCAACAGUCGCGUAUAUAAAGGAGCCGGGACUAAGUUUGUUUACAUCCGUCAGGAUGAGAAUUCUUUGGAAACGUUGACAUCACCAGGUCCUCUAGCAGUUGCAGUUGACAUAAUGAUUGUCAACUAUCAGUCGAAUCCCGGUAUCAAAUACGGUUACUCCCUACCGAUUAUUGCCGAUUUGGCACCGCCGCUUAUGAAACGACCGAACAUAAUCGAACCGACCGUUUUGGAAACGAAACAAAUCGACAGUUUAGCUUUUAACACUUCUUUAACGCAAAGAGACGAAGCUAGACCUCCCAUUCCGAUACCAGUCAUUCGAAGACCGAGAUUAAGAAGAAAACAUUUCACUUGGAAAUUGACUGGACUCACUGCCUGUUCCAAAUCUUGCGGCGGAGGUUUGCAAAGUUACGUAAGAAGUUGCGUCAGAGAUUUCGGACAUUCGCAAGCACCUGCACCAGAUAGAAGAUGUUCCCAUAUUCAUUCUCCUUUACCGGCACCUAUAGCGUGCAAUACUGAUCCCUGUCCUCCUUCGUGGGAAUUCCAUUGGAGUCAGUGCAGCGUUUCGUGCGGCGAGGGAGUACAAAAAUAUACGCCUCAAUGUAAAAGAGAUUCUGUUGUUGUUAACGAAGCGUUGUGUUUGAAACCGAAACCUACCGCGCCAACCAGACCUUGUAAAGGAGAUUUUUGUGAUAAUACCAGCGAUAACGAGCUGCCGCGGAGUUUCAAUGGAAACUCCGAAGAUAAAUAUGAUUGGGAAACUGGACCUUGGUCUUCGUGUUCGGUAACGUGUGGUACCGGUCAUCGAACUAGAUCAGUUACUUGCCCGUCUGGUCGAUGUUCAUCUGAAGAUAGACCGACACACGUGGAAUACUGCGAAAUGGAAUCGUGUACUGCACGUGAAACGGCUUAUCAUUCGUCUGCCAGUAGAUCAAUAUCGACGUGGUUAUUGUCGGAUUGGAGUCAGUGUUCAGAAGCUUGUGGUACCGGCAUACAAACGCGUACGGCAGUAUGCGGACUACAAGAAAAAGACGCUUGUCCAACAGAGACCAAACCCGAAUUAUCUAGAGCUUGUUCUAGUGAAAAACAAUGUAAUGCGCAAUGGUUUAGCGGUCCAUGGGGUCCUUGUUCGGACGCGUGCUCCGGUACAGCGAAACAGAAACGCGAAGUUGUGUGCGUCGUCAAAAUUCGAGGAGCCCCCCAUAUAGUCAACGACAUAACAUGCCCAUCUCACUUGAAACCUCACGAGGAACAAGCGUGCGACGGUACUUGCCCUCCCCGUUGGUAUUUCGGCGAUUGGAGGCAAUGCGAAGGUACUUGUCCGAUCGGUAUCCAGAGGAGAGAAAUAAGAUGUUUGGAUCCGUACGGAAGAAACGUCGAAGGAUGUCCGGAAAACGAUAAACCAGUGGGAAAAAGGACGUGUCCCUGUGAAUCGGAUAGCAAGGGGAGAUACAAACCUGUUCAAGACGAACCAAUUGAUCGUACGCGCAAUUUGGUGAAAAGAUACUGCGUGGACAAAAUCCACAAAUGCAAAUUGGCCGUACAAGCGAGAUUAUGUCAUUAUCCUUACUACGUAACAAAUUGUUGUGAAUCUUGUAGAAGAGCCCAAGAACAGUCGAAAUAACCAGCUGUGAUUGGAUAAUAAGAAAAUCGUUUAGGUAGGAAAAAAGUACUGAAAAAGAAAAGAGAGUGAACAAAAACGAAAGAAGAACGUCGACUAAUGCUUAUAACCCCCCAACUAUCCUUCUAAUCGACUAACAGGAAGAUUCCUCGUUCCUUUUUAUUUCUGUAGUUGUAACCGAAACAAACCCUCUACCUUAUCCUUAAAUUAAACGUCCGAGUUUCUAGCAACCAACCCAAAAGGUAGAUUUGUAGGGUACACAAGCCGUUGAACUCAAAACUCGCCUUGGAGACGAAUUAUCAUGAAGAAGAGUCACUACCUUGAGCACUGACUACUUGAGCAACUGUGACCUACGAAUUUGCGUCUCCUAAGGAGUGAUGUCGUGGACAAUUGUUCAGCGCUGGCUUCCACCAUCAAUACCAAGUCUUCUUCUUCUUCCUCUUUCAAUAGGACCAGGUCCUGUACGUUUGGAUCUUCCUGAGAAGCCGAACUCCAGCUCUAGUACCACCUCUUUGGUGGUCUGCCUACAGUUUUGGCCCAUCUGUCUUCUGGCAUCCUUCCAGAAUGUUUUUCGUGCCCUGACCCAUCUCGCCACAUCCUGUACGCCCAAUUCUUCUCUUAUGUCAUCAUUCCUUAUUCGGUCCCAAGUACUUAUCCUUUUUAUUUUGCCCGAUUUAUGGUCAUUUCCUUCAUGAAAACAAGCACUACUACCUUGUAGGUCACACGGGUUGACAACAUUAUUUUUUUUUAUUUGAAAAAAUAGAAUUUCGGAAAAGUUUUAACAUCUUUAAGUGACAGGGUGUCAGGUAUAGACAGGUGUCCAUCUGAGAACGUAACGAACCGGUUAUGUCCAGUUAGGAUUUUUUUUUUUCAUUUCUGUUGAUAGAAAAUUAUUAAACUGUGAUAUUUUUUGCGUUUAUAUACUAAUAAUAACGAAGAUAAGAGAAAUAGUCGAAAUAUUCGAAAAUUAAAUUCAAAAUCUUAUUCUUUUGAGCUUCCUGGUGUUAUUACUAACCAUUUCACGGCGAAGAUCGAGAACACCCAGUAUUAAGGCAAGUUUUUUCAUUUAUAAAUGGAUUUUUGCUAACAAUGGACUUGCUCCUAAUCCAAAAACUUCCUUCCUUGAAGUUUGUAAACUACUCUUGGGUCCAUCUUCAAUUUUCAACUAAUCUACUAAGUUCUACGUUGUACCAGAAUGACUAUAAGCGAAAGCAUUUCGAAGUUUGAUGUUUCUUCUUCUUAUUAUAGACAUUUGUGUAAAAAAUAUUGUUACUUAUCUUCAGGACCUAGUGCUCUGCAUUUCCCAUGCACCUGCGCUGGCAACUUUCAGGGCACUCAACCGAAACACCGAAGCGACUCCCCCUCCUGUUUCCUGCACCUGUAAUUUCUCGUCCCAGAUGGGAAUACCACCUGCGACACCUUCUAUUUCGGACCUCCUAAAGCUCACGAGUUCUGCUUGUUUCUUGAAAUUUAGUCUGGCAACAAUCAUGACUACCAAGUUCUGUGCUGCGCUAGCUUCAGGUCGACCUUGUCCUUCCAUCUAGAGAUCUUUUCGAGGUCUACGUUGACAUCUUCUAAGAGCUUUAAUAUCCUGAUACUUCCUCCUUUUUUCCUUAUCCUUUCACGAAGUUCAGUAAAAACGUAGAUUCAAUAAUGUUACUCAACAUUCUCACCUUCAUCUUUAAUUUGAUUUGCCGGCUACACCGGUUUGUCUAUAGACACGUAGACAUCGUAUUCGAAAGUGGAAGCUUCAGGUUAAACAGCCGACGGUCGUUAACCUUUGGUACUUUUUCUACAGCAGUACUAGUCUCGUUACUUAUCAGUCACACCUCGUAUAACAAUAUAUAAUUAGUCGGCAGUGUACGUGUUAAUAAAAUUAUGAAAUUUAUUCGCUGGGACAUUUUCCUUUUUCUACCUGACGCCCUUCAACUAACCUCAACUAUGGUUGGUUAUCAAAAUGGUAUAUAUUAUUUUAUUAUUCACAGUUUUUUAUAACCGGAAAAUAAAACUGUAAUUUAUUAUUUUUUUUUUAUGAAGUAGGUUUGAAGUUGAUUAUCGAGUCUGCAGAUUUAUUUUCGUUUUAUAAAUAAAUGUUGAGUGGGUUCUAGAAGACGCCAAAAAAUACGUCAAUUUUGACGUCCAUAUUCGUAUUCAAAAUGGUCCAAUUGUUGAAAUUUUCAAGUAAGAUGGUUGUUAGCUUCUGGUUCCGUUUUUUUUUUAAUUUUCUCACAUUAAGAAAACCAGGAAACGUGAAAGUUCAAUCUGACAAUCUUACCAACCCUAAUAUGUCUUCCAUUACUUUUAGAACCUGAUGAAAGUGCUGUUCUUCUCCCUUUCCAUAGUUCCCUUAAAUAUUAAAACAUGUUAUAAACGAUUUUCCUAUAAUUUGGUAUUUAUAGUUACCAAAAAAAAUUUUCUCGUACCAAUUCAAACCCCCUAUUCUUCUCUAAUAAAUUUAGUUUUUCCAGAUGGUUUCUCUCACACAAUCCGGAAGCUUUCGGAUGCCUUUUUUGUAUAAAUUAGUCGCACGGUCACAAAUCGGGACUAUAAGAAGGGUGCUGCAAUAAUUCCCAACGGACACUUUUCGCUCAUGGCUACAAGUACACUGAAAAGUGAGGUUACGAGGUCUCUACGUAUCGUAACAGAUCAGUCUAACAUCCAGUACGACGUAAUCAAAGAUUCUAAGCAUCAUUAAUAAAAAAAGCGUCAGCGGGGGACGUCAUUUUGGUAUUAUUUCCCUGGAUAAUCCCCUUGGUCAUCUCAGUUCUUGUCUGUUGAAGUUUUCCAGGCUUGGGGAGCCUCUAGCUUUAAAGGAAGGUUAUUUCGUUAGAUCAAAUGCUAGAAUUAAGAAUAACCUGGUGUUCUAUCGAUUAAUGGAGGUUCCUUUGAAGGCAUUCAUGCUCUAUCAAAAUAUCCUUUGACUUGAAGAAUCUCUGGCUCAAUAGCAAGGCUCUUUCACUAGAUCGAAUUCUAGGAUUUUCCUCUUUGUGUUAAUUGGUAAUCACAAAGGAUGUAUGUGGUAGUUUCUUCCUUUAUUCCGUAGAACACACAGUGCUUUAAAUAUCGAAAUCAUCCUUCAGUCUGAAGGAUGUAACAAGGAAGUUGUGUCUCAUGGUAAACUUCCACAUUUUCUUUGUGUAAACCUCAAGAAUAACCUGGUGUUCUAUCGAUUAAUGGAGGUUCCUUUGAAGGCAUUCAUGCUCUAUCAAAAUGUCCUUUGACUUGAAGAAUCUCUGGCUCAAUAGCAAGGCUCUUUCACUAGAUCAAAUUCUAGGAUUUUCCUCUUUGUGUUAAUUGGUAAUCACAAAGGAUGUAUGUGGUAGUUUCUUCCUUUAUUCCGUAGAACACACAGUGCUUUAAAUAUCGAAAUCAUCCUUCAGUCUGAAGGAUGUAACAAGGAAAUUGUGUCCCAUGGUAAACUUCCACAUUUUCUUUGUGUAAACCUCAAGAAUAACCUGGUGUUCUAUCGAUUAAUGGAGGUUCCUUUGAAGGCAUUCAUGCUCUAUCAAAAUGUCCUUUGACUUGAAGAAUCUCUGGCUCAAUAGCAAGGCUCUUUCACUAGAUCGAAUUCUAGGAUUUUCCUCUUUGUGUUAAUUGGUAAUCACAAAGGAUGUAUGUGGUAGUUUCUUCCUUUAUUCCGUAGAACACACAGUGCUUUAAAUAUCGAAAUCAUCCUUCAGUCUGAAGGAUGUAACAAGGAAGUUGUGUCCCAUGGUAAACUUCCACAUUUUCUUUGUGUAAACCUCAAGAAUAACCUGGUGUUCUAUCGAUUAAUGGAGGUUCCUUUGAAGGCAUUCAUGCUCUAUCAAAAUGUCCUUUGACUUGAAGAAUCUCUGGCUCAAUAGCAAGGCUCUUUCACUAGAUCGAAUUCUAGGAUUUUCCUCUUUGUGUUAAUUGGUAAUCACAAAGGAUGUAUGUGGUAGUUUCUUCCUUUAUUCCGUAGAACACACAGUGCUUUAAAUAUCGAAAUCAUCCUUCAGUCUGAAGGAUGUAACAAGGAAGUUGUGUCCCAUGGUAAACUUCCACAUUUUCUUUGUGUAAACCUCAAGAAUAACCUGGUGUUCUAUCGAUUAAUGGAGGUUCCUUUGAAGGCAUUCAUGCUCUAUCAAAAUGUCCUUUGACUUGAAGAAUCUCUGGCUCAAUAGCAAGGCUCUUUCACUAGAUCGAAUUCUAGGAUUUUCCUCUUUGUGUUAAUUGGUAAUCACAAAGGAUGUAUGUGGUAGUUUCUUCCUUUAUUCCGUAGAACACACAGUGCUUUAAAUAUCGAAAUCAUCCUUCAGUCUGAAGGAUGUAACAAGGAAAUUGUGUCCCAUGGUAAACUUCCACAUUUUCUUUGUGUAAACCUCAAGAAUAACCUGGUGUUCUAUCGAUUAAUGGAGGUUCCUUUGAAGGCAUUCAUGCUCUAUCAAAAUGUCCUUUGACUUGAAGAAUCUCUGGCUCAAUAGCAAGGCUCUUUCACUAGAUCGAAUUCUAGGAUUUUCCUCUUUGUGUUAAUUGGUAAUCACAAAGGAUGUAUGUGGUAGUUUCUUCCUUUAUUCCGUAGAACACACAGUGCUUUAAAUAUCGAAAUCAUCCUUCAGUCUGAAGGAUGUAACAAGGAAGUUGUGUCUCAUGGUAAACUUCCACAUUUUCUUUGUGUAAACCUCAAGAAUAACCUGGUGUUCUAUCGAUUAAUGGAGGUUACUUUGAAGGCAUUCAUGCUCUAUCAAAAUGUCCUUUGACUUGAAGAAUCUCUGGCUCAAUAGCAAGGCUCUUUCACUAGAUCGAAUUCUAGGAUUUUCCUCUUUGUGUUAAUUGGUAAUCACAAAGGAUGUAUGUGGUAGUUUCUUCCUUUAUUCCGUAGAACACACAGUGCUUUAAAUAUCGAAAUCAUCCUUCAGUCUGAAGGAUGUAACAAGGAAGUUGUGUCCCAUGGUAAACUUCCACAUUUUCUUUGUGUAAACCUCAAGAAUAACCUGGUGUUCUAUCGAUUAAUGGAGGUUCCUUUGAAGGCAUUCAUGCUCUAUCAAAAUGUCCUUUGACUUGAAGAAUCUCUGGCUCAAUAGCAAGGCUCUUUCACUAGAUCGAAUUCUAGGAUUUUCCUCUUUGUGUUAAUUGGUAAUCACAAAGGAUGUAUGUGGUAGUUUCUUCCUUUAUUCCGUAGAACACACAGUGCUUUAAAUAUCGAAAUCAUCCUUCAGUCUGAAGGAUGUAACAAGGAAAUUGUGUCCCAUGGUAAACUUCCACAUUUUCUUUGUGUAAACCUCAAGAAUAACCUGGUGUUCUAUCGAUUAAUGGAGGUUCCUUUGAAGGCAUUCAUGCUCUAUCAAAAUGUCCUUUGACUUGAAGAAUCUCUGGCUCAAUAGCAAGGUUCUUUCACAAGAUCGAAUUCUAGGAUUUUCCUCUUUGUGUUAAUUGGUAAUCACAAAGGAUGUAUGUGGUAGUUUCUUCCUUUAUUCCGUAGAACACACAGUGCUUUAAAUAUCGAAAUCAUCCUUCAGUCUGAAGGAUGUAACAAGGAAGUUGUGUCCCAUGGUAAACUUCCACAUUUUCUUUGUGUAAACCUCAAGAAUAACCUGGUGUUCUAUCGAUUAAUGGAGGUUCCUUUGAAGGCAUUCAUGCUCUAUCAAAAUGUCCUUUGACUUGAAGAAUCUCUGGCUCAAUAGCAAGGCUCUUUCACUAGAUCGAAUUCUAGGAUUUUCCUCUUUGUGUUAAUUGGUAAUCACAAAUAAUAUGUCAUGUAGUUUCCUCCUUCAUUUCAAAGAACAAACAGUGCUUUCAAGUAUCCCUAAAUUUGAGAGCUAUAAAAAAGAAAAAACAAACCAAUCAAGACUUCAAUUUGAGUUUUAUCUGUUUCUUUGCAGUUUCAAUAUAUUUUGAUGGGACUUUCCACUUAUUUUUCUUAACCUCUUGUACCAAGAUGUUGGCUCAUUAUGUUCUAGAAUCGAGUUCUUAUUACCUGUUUCGGAACACGUUUUUUUUUUCAUUUUUUUUCGUGUUUUAGAGAGAUUUAUAUUCCAGGACAUCAUCUUUUACAACUGACGCCUCGUCAAAGUCACGUUCCUCCCAUAGGAGCAACAUUAUUUGCUGUUUUUUUCUUUUCCGUUGUCUAUUUAUGUCUAUGGAUGACAAAUUUUCAAAGUCUGGUCGCCAUAAAUGACUUGAAAGCACUCCAGAUCAUAUUUGACACGAAACGACUUGUACUACCGCUCACAAACCACUAAUUUAUUGGAUUACGUCGUUAACCAAGAGGCGUAAAUUGCCGAACGACUCCGAAACGCGGAGUCUGCCAAUCAAUGGAUUUCUAUGUUUUGAAAAUACUUUUUUUUUAAAUAUAAAUCUGCAGACUUUAGAAUUUUUGUGAAACAGUAUCAUCACGAUAAAUUGAAAUACUCCAAUUUUAAUAUUAAUAUAGAUGUCUGUGAUUUGUUUUUAAUUAUUAGGAUUAGUGAAAAAAUAACUUUUGACUGUACAGGUUUUUAAUUCGUAUCAGCUUCUUAUGAAUCAGCUUAUUUUUUUUUAUAAAUAUAUAAUACGAACCGCUUAGAUUGUUUUUUUAUAAUAUUAGUCUUCCUAUGAGCAAUUUUUCGUUAAAAAUCUGACAGUCAAAUUAACCCUUUAAGAAGUGCGAGAUUAUUCAAAAAAAAAAUAUAUUUUUCGCUUCAUAAGCACUGCCAAAUUUGAUAGGAAUCAUCAAAACGAGCCACCGGGUAUAUUUUUUAUUAAACACUCACUCUAACGCGCGUUUCGAUACCCAGAGACUGUUUUAUAGCAACCAAUAAACCUUCUCCCGCGAAAAUUCAUUCCAGCGGGAUAAACUUGGCGGGAAUCUUCGCAUUCAUUUCUCGACUACUGAACUAUAGAUGGGGCUGUAAGGAAUUGGCCCUUUGUCCAUAUUUAAGCUAAGCCCAGUCUGGUAGUCUAGUAGUCAAGGAGUGAAUGUCAAGAUUCCCGCCAAGGAGUUUUUCCCGCUGGAAUUAAUUUUCGCUCUAAAGUGAGGUUAAGACGUAUUAAGUUGAUAAAGAGUCCCCCUACUUUAGCCCUCUUCUUCUUUAAGAAAUUUGAUGAUUAAUUAAUAAAAACAACAUGCGAAAAAAUAUCGAUUUUCCUAUGACGUAUUUUUUUAAUUGAAUUGGUGGCUUGUUUUGAAAGAUCUGCCUUGAAAUUUUGCACUUUUUUCUAUUAUAUUUAAAAGUGAAUUUCGAUUUUUUUAUUGCCACAUUAUAAUUAAUAAAUCAGUAGAUUUAAUCUAGUAUCUAAGAAAAUGAGUAUUACCUUUAGUUUAUGUAUUUAUUAGUGAAUAUAUAAUAAAGAAACUUCUUCAUUA